CCCUGGCGCCGAGCACCGCGGCCCGGGCGCGGCAUGGAGGCGAAAGCUGCAGCCACGCCGGCUCCUGGCGGCUGCGUGGGCUCGGUGACCGCGGAGGAGACCGAAAAGUGGAUGGAGGAUGCGAUGCAGAUGGCCAAGGAAGCCCUAGAAAAUAUUGAAGUUCCUGUUGGCUGCCUUAUGGUCUACAACAAUGAAGUUGUGGGGAAGGGACGAAACGAAGUUAAUCAAACCAAAAAUGCUACCCGACAUGCAGAAAUGGUGGCCAUUGACCAGGCCCUAGACUGGUGUCAUCGAAGUGGCAAGAGUCCUUCUGAAGUAUUUGAACACACCGUGCUGUAUGUCACCGUGGAGCCCUGUAUUAUGUGCGCGGCUGCUCUCCGCCUGAUGAAAAUCCCGCUGGUCGUGUAUGGCUGUCAGAAUGAACGGUUUGGUGGUUGUGGCUCUGUCCUAAAUAUUGCCUCUGCUGAUUUACCAAAUACCGGGAGACCAUUUCAGUGCAUUCCCGGAUAUCGGGCUGAGGAAGCGGUGGAAAUGUUAAAGACCUUCUACAAACAGGAAAAUCCAAAUGCACCCAAGUCAAAAGUCCGGAAAAAGGAAUGUCAGAAACCUUGACUUGCUCUACUGGAAGGCUGAUGCCCCUCGAUGACAUUCUUGGACUGAAAGCUGUUGACAUCGUUGACUCAUGUUUACAUAUGUCCUUAACUCCUGGGAAAAUCAUCUCUCCCCAUUUGCUCUGUUGAUGGAACCAAUCAGCACUUUUAAAAAGUCUCCCAGUUGUGAACAAUGAUUAGCUUUUCUGUAAGCUUAAAGAACAUUUUAAGAAGGGGGGAAAAAAAACAAAGAUUGAGGUUUUAGAAAUUAGUAAGCAGUGCAUAACCUUCUUGCCAAAAUUCACACUGCCCAGGCCAGGAAUGUCCUGAGUUUCAGCGUAUGUGCCUCCAGACCCAGUUGGCUGGCAUUGGCCUCCAGACCCAGUUGGCUGGCAUGUAUCUGGACUGGAGUGCACCACGCGGGGGACACCUGCUUUAUGCCUGGCUUUUCAGAAUCGGAUGCUUCAUUGUUUGUCGUCACUCUGUUCUCCCAGGGGUUGAGGGCCGUGACUUCCUUGGAAUCUGUAGAAGAGUUAUGUACAUCUAGACUAUGAAUGUUUGCUCCUCAGAACAGGUUUUUUGUUGUUUUUUUGCUUUUAUAAAGCAGAGAAAAUGCAUAUUUUUAAGACAAGUACUUGAGCGUCAUUUUUUUUUGAGCAUAAUUUUUAACUCAUAGCAUAUUGCUAUCAGAAAACCAUCCUUAUGCCUUCUUUAAAAAUGAAGAUGAAUAUUUUCUUAAAAAUAAAAGGUAAAAGCAGAAAUAAGACAGGUCCUUCUUUAUUAUCAAGCAGCUGUCCUAUGCUAGGCUCUAUUCAUUAAUUGAAUCCUCAAACAAAACACAGAGCUGCUGUUGUAGCAGGGGGAGACAGUAGACGCCACCUAGAUUAUAUAUUUUAGAAGGUGUUAAGAAUUAGGACAAGGGAAAAGCAGGGUAAAGGGGAUAGACAUGGCAUUUGGGGUUGGGACUGCUGGUUGUGCAAGUAAAUAGAACGGUUCGUUUAAUCUGAAAUCAAAUUAUUUCUUUUUAUAAAAGUCCAUAUUUAGAAUUAAAAGCUAAAAUGCAAAAAUGUGCAUUUCCACAACCCUGGAAAGGGUCUCUGCAGCAGGAAGUCCCCGAUACUCAGCCUUCUGACUGCAGCAAGCAAGGGGCCCAUGCGGGUGAGCGAGCAAGCUUGCCGAGCCGCCCUGGGUUUCGCUGCGUCUGCCCAGAAGGGGGCCUCGCUGUUCCACCAGAAGCUCAGCUCCGGGCCCCUGUUGCAUUUCUUCGGUGGAUUCAUUUCCUUGAUGCAAAGCAUCUGUAUUUGUUGGUUCUGCCAUUUGAGCGAUGUCUGACUUGUUUGUUUUGAAUUACAUUACAGGCUGGAAUGUAAUUGUGGUAAAAGUAUUUUUAUAUUGCUGAGAGUAGCAGCUAAUCACAGUUACAUGCUUCAGAGGAUUUAUAAUUGCUUGGUUUUGUACGUGUGUGUGUUUAACUGCAUUUGAGAAAUUUUAUGGGGAAGAAUAUGCACAAUUUUAAAUCUAUAGUAAUGUUACAUGUAACUUCUCAAUUUCACCUACUUUAAAAAAUUAUCUCUUCAUUAAAUUUUAGUGCUUUGACUAAUUUA